UUUGUUAUUAUCUCAUUUUUUCUGCUGCGCAUUUCGCCUUUGUCCGAAAAUUUAGAAGAAAACAAUACGAUUAAACGCUGCGCUAAAGGGCACGACAAGUAGUUGAGGAACCAGAAAUUAAACAAAUUUAGCAUUGCGUAAUUGCAUAAAAAUAAACGGGGCGUACCAACAGAAAUCAAGAUCUCAAAAGCAAACAAUCGUAAAAACAGAAAGUGCUGAAAUAAUAACACAAAAUAAGCUUGGCCAUCAAUUGCGUAUAUAUUGUUUAAAUAUAUUUGCACAUAGCAGCUGAUUUCACUUAUCAAGGCAGUCAAAAUGCUAGAUCUGGAGAUCCUGCCGGAGACUUCCUUGGGCUGUGAUGCCUGGGAGUUUGUGCUGGGCAUGCACUUCUCGCAGGCCAUCUCCAUUAUCCAGUCGCAGGUGGGCAUUAUCAAGGGAGUCCAAGUCCUGUAUUCCGAUACCAAUCCCUUGGGCGUGGACAUAAUCAUCAACCUGCCUCAGGAUGGCGUUCGCCUGAUCUUCGAUCCCGUGAUUCAGCGACUGAAGACCAUCGAGGUGUUUAAUAUGAAGCUAGUGAAGCUGCGCUACUGCAGCGCCUACUUCAACUCCCCGGAAGUGCUGCCCAGCAUCGAGCAAAUAGAGCACUCCUUUGGUGCCACUCAUCCUGGUGUCUACGAUGCAGCCAAGCAGAUUUUUGCCCUCCACUUCCGCGGACUGAGUUUUUACUUCCCGGUGGACAACAAGCAGCACACGGGAUACGCACAUGGGCUUGGCUCUCUGGUAUUUCUGGACGGCGCCUCUCCCGUCGUGUCCAAGAUGUCUCUCUACGCGGGAAGCAAUGUGGCCGAGAAUAGGGCUCCAUCUCUGCCCUUGGCCUGUUAUCACCGCCAGAUGUACUUGGAAUCCGCCACUGUACUCCGCACAUCCUUUGGACACACAAAGGGCCUGAAACUUAAGCUUUUUACAGAGGGCUCGGGUCGAGCAUUGGAGCCACGUCGUCAAUGCUUCACGCGGGAGCUGCUUUUCGGUGACAGCUGCGAAGAUGUGGCCACCAGCCUAGGAGCACCCAAUCGAAUAUUCUUUAAGAGCGAAGACAAGAUGAAGAUUCACAGCUCGAGUGUCAAUCGGCAGGCACAGAGCAAACGGAGCGACAUCUUCUUCAACUACUUCACUCUCGGCAUCGAUGUGCUGUUCGAUGCCAGAACGCAGACCUGCAAGAAGUUUAUUCUGCACACCAACUACCCGGGGCACUUCAACUUCAAUAUGUACCAUCGCUGCGAGUUUCAGUUCCUGCUGCAGGCGGAUCACCCCUCUAUGAGCGACAGUGGCCACGAUCUGGUGACGCCCGCGAAGCAGGAUCAUGUAAACAUUAACGCCUACACCAAGUGGGAUGAGAUCAGCAGCGCGUUGGCCACCUCGGAGCGGCCAGUCGUUCUGCAUCGGGCCAGCUCGACGAAUACGGCGAAUCCGUUUGGCUCCACCUUUUGCUAUGGCUACCAGGAUCUGAUAUUCGAGGUGAUGCCCAACAGCCACAUCGCCUCGGUGACACUGUACAAUACAGCGCCGCCCAGGCAGCCGGCGCACUCCUGGCAGCAGCACAAGAUGCAGGACAUCCGCCUCACAGUGGCCUAAAUUUGUGGAAAGUUGCUGGGCUCCCUUCGCUGCUCCAUGAUGCUGAAUAAGGGAUUGCCCUCCCGUCGUGUUCUAAUCUUUAAGCUAAAAAUGAUCUAACCUAGGCGUAAAGUAGAAACAUAUAUUAUAUAGUAAUAUAUAUAUUCAUAAUACACAUAGAUUUUCAUUGUAAGCUAAGCCAAUCAUCGGACGAACUCUCUGACCAGGUUCAUUCAGCGGUAUUCCAUUGUGUUAGCUCGAUUCGAUUUGUUUCGACCCAUAACUGACAAUUAUUAGCCUCGUACUUUUAACAAUUGCAUGUCGUUAAUAUAUUUCAGUACUCUAAGCUCAAAUCGUGUAUCUCUCUUUGAAAAAGAAAAAAUCAACAACAAAAAAAUAUAAAUAUAAGGUUUCGACAAGA